AGUAGUUGCAGCGACAGAAGCGUCGUCCUCAGGAAUGGAUCCCUACGUUCGCGACAUUGCAAUUUACAUUAUCGCGGCGACGACGGUACUUCUCGGAGCUGCAGGGUACAAGAACUACAUCGAAGACCAUUCCUUGGAAAACGAUGUAUUCGCUCAAGCCAAGUACUUUGCCACACGCAACAAGGCCGUAAUCGAUCUCACAGGUCUGCCAACCGACGUACAGAAAUUUGUCGAGCCCAUUGCGGACGACGCGGCGACAGCUCAUGGCAAGAUUGUUCUCGGGGGUGCCAAAGGCAAAGCCACCAUCGAGUACGUCGCGUUGAUUCACGUAAAAGACGAGAGCGGGAAGCACGUGUUUUCGUCGUUUGACCUCAUUUCGAACGGCAAUGAGCGCAUGUCGUUGCUAACAGACAACCCACGGGCUCCAAAAACCCCCGAAGAGGAGGCUGCCAUCAAGGAGCAGCGUCAGGGGGAGCUCAAGGAACUCGGGACGAACCUGGUGUUGCCGGGCGUCGGGUUUUUCGCCGCGGGGUGCGUCGCUGCGUACAUGAUGCUUCGCAUUAUUCGCAACCGCCCGUCGUAUGUCAUCCAGCUCGCGCUCGACAGAGUCAACACAGCAUCCAGGGUCACUGAAAUACUAGGAACGCCGAUCAAGCAAACCAACAAGAACGUUUACCACGGUUCGAUCACCGACCACUUUGCAGCGUUUGACGCCAAGGUGGCUGGUCCUAAAGGUGCCGCGACCAUGAAGGUGCACGCGAUGCGGGGAAAGACACCAGAUGCGGCGUGGCAGUUUAGUCAGCUGUCCCUAGAUAUUCAAGGCCGUGCCAAGCGAGUGAAUCUGCUCGAACAAGAGCGAAAGUAG